CGCAAUCUCGGCCCUGCGGAGUCACAAUCGCGCGGUUGGCAUCUCAUUAGCAUGGCUAAUACUUCAGGCCCACAACUGCAUGGCCAGCUCUACCCACAUAAAACCCACAAGCGAAUGCGGGCCCCAAUAUUCCAUAAAUUGCCCUGCUCUACCUGUGAACCGUGCACAUAGAUGGCCGUCAUGGCUUGGCUAGCAAGGCUCGCACUUUUCUACACGGCAACCUUCCUUCUGGCAGGAGCCUCUGGCGAGGAUGGAAAAAUCGUCAACGGCACUACAGCUGGCCCGGGGGAGUUUCCCUUUGUGGUCUCGCUGCGACGCGCGAAGAGCGGACGUCACUCCUGCGGCGCUACGCUGCUCAACCCGUACUGGGUCCUGACAGCCGCCCACUGCGUGCGAGGCUCCUCGCCAGAGCAGCUCGACCUGCAGUACGGCAGCCAGAUGCUGGCGCGAAACUCCAGCCAGGUGGCCCGCGUGGCCGCCAUCUUCGUCCAUCCAGGGUACGAGCCGGAGGACAAGUACGUCAACGACAUCGCAUUGUUGCAGUUAGCGCAGUCCGUCGCUUUGAGCAAGUUUGUCCAGCCGGUGCGUCUGCCGGAGCCUCGACAAGUCACGCCCGGAAACGCCAGUGCUGUCCUCGCGGGCUGGGGAUUAAAUGCGACGGGCGGCGUGGUCCAGCAGCAUCUGCAGAAGGUCAAACUGCAAGUGUUCAGCGAUACCGAGUGCAGCGAGCGCCAUCAGACCUAUCUGCACGACAGCCAGAUCUGUGCGGGAUUGCCCGAAGGUGGAAAAGGCCAGUGCAGCGGCGACUCCGGAGGCCCGCUGCUUCUUAUUGGCUCCGACACCCAGGUGGGCAUUGUUUCUUGGAGCAUAAAGCCCUGUGCACGGCCACCGUUUCCGGGCGUCUUCACCGAGGUGUCGGCCUACGUGGACUGGAUUGUAGAGACGGUAAAUAGCUAUUCGCCCCCGUCGUCGCUUUGGGUGGGCCAGCUGAUUGUGGGACGAUCCCCGCCUAGCCUAAGCAGCUAAUGGAUUUAACAGGCCCCAUUAAAAUACGGAUUAACAU